AGCGAUGAUGAUAUAUUUAUUUAGCCUACAAGGAUGACAGUUUGUCUGCUAUGAUGAUGAUCUAAAAUAUGUCCGUGGAUAAACGCUCAACAUCCGACCAUUGAUCCAGAUUCCAGACAAUGCAGGUCGUGCUGCAAUCUACACAGACACGGAAUUCAGCGAGACAGGUGCAUUUCACUAAUAAACACCAGACGGCUCUGGACUGCACAAUGAUCGGAUACCUGUUGAUGCAGCAGUGGGGGCUUCUGCAAGGUCUUUCUGUGACAUGAUUGGGAAUGCUUUGAACCCAAAUUGCAGUAUCAAGGGAGAUAAUCUCGUAUUUUAUUCAAUUAGGCUAUAGAGACAGAAUGGGCACAAUAGUUGAGGAGACGUUCUGUCUGUUGAAAUAUCUUUCUUCCUGCACCUGCAUGUGAAUGACAGGUUACUACGAGACAGCAUGGACUAUCAGCCUGUCAUAUCUCUCUUGGACUGCCCACUGACACACUCACUCUUAGACCUCAUCCAAUACAUGUUGAAUAACGAUGCUUAUCCUAUUCCUUAGAAUCCCUCGGCCAAAAAUAGGCUGCUCCCUACUCCUCUUAUUUGGCUAAUUCCAUAGGAACCGGUGGAUCCAGUUAUAUUCUACGCUUUCUUUCUUUCUUUCUUUCUUUGUUCCUUUGUUUCUUUCAUUUAGUCUAAACGCAAGUUAUAUCUUCCCCGACCUGCUUUAAUAAAUACAAAAUCCAGUAAUACACAGUCUAUAACUGUUGAAGUGCCCAUAUUUUGCCUAAUCAAGGUGUACUUCAUAGAAUAUUAUAGGAUACAUACUGUACAUAAAGGGAAGGUGCGUGCGGGCUGAGGUGAAAAAGUUGACGGGCUAGUUCAGCACAGAGGAAGUAACUACCAAAUCUACUUAUUGAGGAGUGUGCUGCCAUGUUCCUAAACUUUAUUCAGUUUGUAUGCAGGACAGGACCGUGGUAUAUUCAACUGAAGUUUUUAUUUUAGGUGUCCUACUUUUUUAAAAGAGGAGAGUAGACCCUACAUUAUUAAUUGUCUAUCAAAUACACAUUAGACAACUGGGGGUUUUAAUUUGUAUUUUAGAACGAGGUGCGACUUCCACUGACGAAGAUCACUGACUUGCACAGGGGAGACACUGAAAGCUCUCCCCCAACUAUGGAAACAGAGGCAACUGAUGUAUACUCUGCAAGUAACGGAGACUGCCCUCCCAGGAAGACAGAGAACUCUAGAAUGUUGGUGGAGCUGUCGGCAAACACACCCAAUGGACAGCAGCUCCAGCAUCCUAAUUCACCCACUGAAAACACAAUCAAACAGGAAGAUGAGACCGAAGAUGAAGGGGACAGGAGGACCACAGCAGAGGACAUGGGCCAAAGCGGGGAAGAGGGAUCGGGUUUGGAGGAGCCCAUGAUUGACAGCCCAAACAACCUACAGGAUGGGGUCCCCGGGUCAGAAGGGUCAUGUGACCCAGGAACUCGGCUGCCCAAUGGUGAUAGGCCGUUCCAGUGUAACCAGUGUGGUGUGUCGUUCACUCAGAAGGGCAACCUGUUGAGACACAUUAAGCUGCACACGGGGGAGAAGCCCUUCAAAUGCCCCUUCUGCAGCUACGCCUGCCGCCGUCGUGACGCACUCACAGGCCACCUACGCACACACUCAGUGGGCAAACCACACAAGUGCAACUACUGUGGGCGGAGCUACAAACAGAGGAUUUCAUUGGAGGAGCAUAAAGAGCGUUGCCAUAACUACCUUAAGAGUGUUGCCAUGGAUCCCACCUCCAUCACCGGACCUUAUCCAGGUGAGGUCCCUAAAGAGCAGAGGCCCCUGGCCGAGGCUGUUGCCAGGGCAACCUUCGACCGCCCACCAGUCAUCGAGAGACUGCAGACUAACAUGGGGAAGAGGAAGAGCACCACCCCACAAAAGUUUGUGGGUGAGAAGAUGAUGUGUUACAGUUACCCAGAGCUGAGCUAUGAGAUGGGUCUGAAGUAUGAGAAGGAGGCAGAGCUGAGCUAUGAGAUGGGUCUGAAGUAUGAGAAGGAGGCAGAGCUGAUGCAGGCUCACAUGAUGGACCAGGCUAUCAACAACGCCAUCUCUUACCUGGGCUCUGACUCCCUGAGACCCCUGGUCCACCACCCCCAUCCGCACGGUCCACGCGGUCCACACCCAUCCCCCUCAAUGGCUGAGGUGGUAAACAUGGGCAACCCCCUCUUCCACCACGUCUACCCCCUGGAACCAGGGCCAGGGCACCGUAUGGACCGACCAAGCAGCCGGGACGCCCUACCUCAUCCUUCACCUCUGCACCCUCCUCUUCCUGACUUUACUCCCUCCUCCAACGGGCCCAUCACCCUCACCAGACCCAAGCAGCACCAGCUCCAGGGUACCAGAGAGGAGAGAGAGUGUCCUAGCAACAGUGGGCUGGACUCGGCCGAAUCUGCACGGAGCAGCCCACAGGAGAGGCUGGGUUACCACAGGAACCACCGAAACAACCCCCACCCCCGACCCAGGUCCAGACCCAGCCCAGCCAAUGGCGGGAGAGAGGAGGGACAAGGUGGGGCUGAGGUGGGUGGGGUGGGGUUGACAGCGGAGGUGGCCCGGGGAGAGGCGGCAGAGACGAGUCGGGACGGGGUGCGUGUGUUUGGGCGAGAAGGCCGGGAGGUGAGGGUGUUCCAGUGUGAGCACUGCUGUGUCCUCUUCCUGGACCACGUUAUGUACACCAUCCACAUGGGCUGUCAUGGUUACAGGGACCCGCUGGAGUGCAACAUCUGUGGCCACCACAGUAAGGACCGCUACGAGUUCUCAUCUCACAUCGUCCGCGGGGAACACACCUUCCAGUAGAGGGCUGGACAAGACAGGAGCCGUCCCUCCCCAUCCCCACCCCAGGACUGUGAUGUUGAACUAACUGUGUGUGAUCAAUGCAGCGAACCAAGGCAGAGAAAACUAACUAACAUUUGCUGCAGCAUAAUGAUACUGACUAUAUAAUUCCAAACAAAUAUAUGAAGGUCUGGGCCAAAUACACAUUUUAAUUUUUUAAGGUGUUUUGAAGAUUUUAAAGUUGAGAUAUGCAUCUGAAGUGAGAGAUUUCUUUGUGUGGGAAAAAGAGGACAAAGAACAAGUACACCUAUUCAGUUUUGUUGUGGUCUGUCUCUGAGAUUGUCAAAGAGCAACUAAUACUGUGAGUAGUUAUAUUAUAGUUUUAUAAGUUGUUUCACUGUCCUUGUCUUGCAUACUGUAUUGUUGCACUUGUUUGCUGCAACACAGACUGCCAUGGAAGAUCUCAAGUUGUCAAGGGGGCUUUCCCUGACUCCACCACCCAAACCAUUUCAUGCAAUAUCAAUCAAUCAAAUGUUUAUUUAUAUAGCCCUUCGUACAUCAGCUGAUAUCUCAAAGUGCUGUACAGAAAUCCAGCCUAAAACCCCAAACAGCAAGCAAUGCAGGUGUAGAAGCACGGUGGUUAGGAAAAACUCCCUAGAAAGGACAAAACCUAGGAAGAAACCUAGAGAGGAACCAGGCUAUGUGGGGUGGCCAGUCCUCUUCUGGCUGUGCUGGGUGGAGAUUAUAACAGAACAUGGCCAAGAUGUUCAAAUGUUCAUAAAUGACCAGCAUGGUCGAAUAAUAACAGGGCAGAACAGUUGACACUGGAGCAGCAGCACAGUCAGGUGGACUGGGGACAGCAAGGAGUCAUCAUGUCAGGUCGUCCUGGGGCACGGUCCUUGGGCUCAGGUCCUCCGAGAGAGAGAGAGAAAGAAAGAGAGAAUUAGAGAGAGCAUAUGUGGGGUGGCCAGUCCUCUUCUGGCUGUGCUGGGUGGAGAUUAUAACAGAACAUGGCCAAGAUGUUCAAAUGUUCAUAAAUGACCAGCAUGGUCAAAUAAUAGUAAGGCAGAACAGUUGAAACUGGAGCAGCAGCAUGGCCAGGUGGACUGGGGACAGCAAGGAGUCAUCAUGUCAGGUAGUCCUGCGGCAUGGUCCUAGGGCUCAGGUCAGUUGAAACUGGAGCAGCAGCAUGGCCAGGUGGACUGGGGACAGCGAGGAGCCAUCAUGUCAGGUAGUCCUGGGGCAUGGUCCUAGGGCUCAGGUCCUCCGAGAGAGAGAAAGAAAGAAGGAGAGAAUUAGAGAACGCACACUUAGAUUCACACAGGACACCGAAUAGGACAGGAGAAGUACUCCAGAUAUAACAAACUGACCCUAGCCCCCGACACAAACUACUGCAGCAUAAAUACUGGAGGCUGAGACAGGAGGGUUCAGGAGACACUGUGGCCCCAUUCGAGGACACCCCGGACAGGGCCAAACAGGAAAUAACCCCACCCACUUUGCCAAAGCACAGCCCGCACACUACUAGAGGGAUAUCUUCAACCACCUACUUACCAUCCUGAGACAAGGCUGAGUAUAGCCCACAAAGAUCUCCGCCACGGCACAACCCAAGGGGGGCGCCAACCCAGACAGGAUGACCACAACAGUGAAUCAACCCACUCAGGUGACGCACCCCCUGCAGGGAAGGCAUGAGAGAGCCCCAGUGAGCCAGUGACUCAGCCCCUGUAAUAGGGUUAGAGGCAGAGAAUCCCAGUGGAAAGAGGGGAACUGGCCAGGCAGAGACAGCAAGGGCGGUUCGUUGCUCCAGAGCCUUUCCGUUCACCUUCCCACUCCUGGGCCAGACUACACUCAAUCAUAUGACCCACUGAAGAGAUGAGUCUUCAGUAAAGACUUAAAGGUUGAGACCGAGUUUGCGUCUCUGACAUGUGUAGGCAGACCGUUCCAUAAAAAUGGAGCUAUAUAGGAGAAAGCCCUGCCUCCAGCUGUUUGCUUAGAAAUUCUAGGGACAAUUAGGAGGCCUGCGUCUUGUGACCGUAGCGUACGUGUAGGUAUGUAUGGCAGGACCAAAUCAGAGAGAUAGGUAGGAGCAAGCCCAUGUAAUGCUUUGUAGGUUAGCAGUAAAACCUUGAAAUCAGCCCUUGCUUUGACAGGAAGCCAGUGUCGGGAGGCCAGCACUGGAGUAAUAUGAUCAAAUUUUUUGGUUCCAGUCAGGAUUCUAGCAGCCGUAUUUAGCACUAACUGAAGUUUAUUUAGUGCUUUAUCCGGGUAGCCGGAAAGUAGAGCAUUGCAGUAGUCUAACCUAGAAGUGACAAAAGCAUGGAUUAAUUUUUCUGCAUCAUUUUUGGACAGAACGUUUCUGAUUUUUGCAAUGUUACGUAGAUGGAAAAAAGCUGUCCUCGAAAUGGUCUUGAUAUGUUCUUCAAAAGAGAGAUCAGGGUCCAGAGUAACGCCGAGAUCCUUCACAGUUUUUUAUUUGAGACGACUGUACAACCAUUAAGAUUAAUUGUCAGAUUCAACAGAAGAUCUCUUUGUUUCUUGGGACCUAGAACAAGCAUCUCUGUUUUGUCCGAGUUUAAUAGUAGAAAGUUUGCAGCCAUCCACUUCCUUAUGUCUGAAACACAUGCUUCUAGCGAUGGCAAUUUUGGGGCUUCACCAUGUUUCAUUGAAAUGUACAGCUGUGUGUCAUCCGCAUAGCAGUGAAAGUUACAUCUUCUCUGUCUUAUGUCAAAAGCCUUGCUAACUGCAAACUGCUCAGACGUGUUGUCACACCAGCCACAUUAGAGAGGGAGAGAGAGAAGAGAGAGAGAGAACAAGAAAGAGAGGAAGAAAGAAAAUAAAAGAGAAAGAGAGAGAGAGACUUACUCAGACAUUGAUUUACUUUUCCAGACAUUGUAUACAAAUUUGUUAUUAAAGUUUUGUUAAUUACACUAGCUAACUAUCUGCUUUCCUUAGAACAGUUCCUUUAACCUUAUCAGUUCCACAACACUUCACAGAGGAAAGGAAAAGCACUGCACUGCAACCUGCCUCCCUAAACCUGUUCUUGCACUAGCAGCCUGAUGCCUCGAGGGAUGUGGAGGAAUGGAUGAGGCACUCCCUGGUUCAAUAGCAACUUCACAUAUCUUUCUCGCAGCUUGCCUUUACUCCACUCAUGUGUCUUUAGUGAACAGGCUGCUUUCUGCAGAUUACAUGUCAUGCCUUUUUAGAAGGAUAAUGCCAAUGAAGGAAGAUGGCACUGAUUUGGAUCAAAGAUGAUAAUCUAGGUGCACUUGGACAAAUGCAUAAGACAAUGUACAUACUGCUCUUUAGAUAACUCAUAUUUUGCUGGCAAAAUAUGUAAUGUCGCUGUUGUUCUGUUUAUUUUGCAGCAUAUACCAUAUUUUGAAUUGACACUGUCUUUUGUCUUGAUAGUCUUUGUAACCUUCCUGGUCAAAGUAGCAGCUUAUUUCUGUUUAGAUGACAGCGACGUGGACAAAUGAUAUAUCUACUCAUAGUGCAACAGACAUACGGUACUUCUAUUGCAACAGCUUAUUGUUACUGUAAAGUAUUGGCAAUAGUAUCUGUUUCCACUUUUUAGUUGUUGUAGUAUCUCAUAUACUAUUGUACAUUGUACAUUACCACACUGCAUUAUUCUUAUUAAAUAAGCGCCCCUAUUUUUGUAUUUAAUCACACCUUUAUCUUCGAUAACAUGUAUGUCUAUAGGUGUUCUAAUGCAACGGUAUAGGCCUAUUCUAUGUUAUAAUUGUCUUAAAUCUAUUGUAUGUCUGCCUAUUUUCUUUGUCUAAACAAAUCCACAAACAUAACAGCUCGCUAUGAAGCAAGCAUGACGCAAAGAAAUCAUAAUAUACAGCACCAGCCAAAGGUUUUGACACACCUACUCAAUUAAGGGUUUUUCUUUAUUUGUACUAUUUUCUACAUUGUAGAAUAAUAGUGAAGACAUCAAAACUAUGAAAUAACACAUGAAAUCAUUUAGUAAAAAAAAAAGUGUUAAACAAAUCAAAAUAUAUUUUAUAUUUGUGAUUCUUCAAAGUAGCCUUCAAAGUAGCCAAACCACCCUUUGCCUUGAUGACAGCUUUGCACACUCUUGACAUUCUCUCAACCAACUUCAACUGGAAUGCUUUUCAAACCGUCUUGAAGGAGUUCCCACAUAUGCUGAGCACUUGGCUACUUUUCCUUCACUGCGGUCCAACUCAUCCCAAACCAUCUCAAUUGGGUUGAGGUCGGGUGAUUGUGGAGGCCGGGUCAUCUGAUGCAGCACUCCAUCACUCUCCUUCUUGGUCAAAUAGCCCUUAAACAGCGUGGAGGUGUGUUGGGUCAAAAACAAAUGAUAGUCCCACUAAGCACAAACCAGAUGGGAUGGCAUAUCGCCGCAGAAUGCAGAGUGUGCCUUGAAUUCUAAAUAAAUCACCAAAAUUGUCACCAGAAAAGCACCCACACACCAUCACACCUCUUCUUCCAUGCUUCACGGUGGGAACCACACAUGUGGGGAUCAUCUGUUCAGAUACUCUGAGUCGGUUGGAACCAAAAAUCUCAAAUUUGGACUCAUCAGACCAAAGGACAGAUUUCCACCGGUCUAAUGUUCAUUGCUCAUGUUUCUUGGCCCAAGCAAGUAUCUUCUUAUUAUUGGUGUCCUUUAGUAGUGGUUUCUUUGGAGCAAUUUGACCAUGAAGGCCUGAUUCACACAGUCUCCUCUGAACAGUUGAUGUUGAGAUGUGUCUGUUACUUGAACUCUGUGAAGUAUUUAUUUGGGCUGCAAUUUCUGAGGCUGGUAACUGUAAUGAACUUAUCCUCUACAACAGAGGUAACUCUGGGUCUUCUUUUCCUGUGGUGGUCCUCAUGAGAGCCUGUUUCAUCAUAGCGCUUGAUGGUUUUUAAGACUGCACUUUAAGAAACUUUCAAAGUUCUUGACAUUUUCUGGAUUGACUGACCGACAAAGUAAUGAUGUUUCUCUUUGCUCAUUUGAGCUGUUUUUGCCAUAAUAUGGACUUGGUCUUUUACCAAAUAGGGCAAUCUUCUGUAUACCACCCUUACCGUGUCACAACACAACUGAUUGGCUCAAACACAUUAAGAAGGAAAUACUUUUUUAAAAAAUGUAUGUUUAACAAGGCACACCUCUUAUCCUCAUGAAGCUGGCUGAGAUAAUGCCAAGAGUGUGCAAAGCUGUCAUCUAUGCAAAAGAAGAAUCUCAAAUAUCAAAUAAUGUUGAUUCUUUUUUUCACACUUUCUUGGUUACUACAUGAUUCCAUGUGCGUUAUUUCAUAGUUUUGAUGUCUUCACUACUAUUCUACAAUGUAGAACAUAGUUUAAAAAAAUAAAGAAAAUCCUUCAAUGAGUAGGAGUGUCCAAAUGUCUGACUGGUACUGUAUGAAAAACACAUGUCAGACCACCUGUAGUAAACAGCACACAAUUGCUUUACUAUCUCUUACAAAAACAUUUAUGCAGAGUAUAAAUAUAACAUACAUCAUAUGUUAUAUUUGUCCCUGUAGAUAAUCUGUUUGUAUUCUGUUUUAUUCUCUCCUUCCAAAAGCAUCGACGUGUGCAGAAAUUGCUUUGGCAACUCCCCCAUUGAGAAAGACAGUGUCAGCACCAAGAUUAGACUUUUGAAGAAUGAUCUAUUUAACAAAAAGUCACUGGGAAGAAAACAAUACAGAUGAUUGUUUUUGAAUGUGAACUCGAUAGCGUUACAUGUAUUUUUUAUUUUUUUCACCUGCAGCUUUUACUGUGUGUAUAUGUAGAGGCCUUAGCUCAAAGUACUUGUUUUUGGACCUACCGCUGUUGUACGAGCCGUCUUACCUCUGUUUGUACAACCUUGUUAAAGAGUGAUGAAUCUAAAGUUGAAGCAUCAUGUGUAAAUAUAUCUGUAGGCUAUAGCCUAUAUAUGAACUUAUGUGAGCCUAUAUGAACACAAAGAAGAAGUGAUAUUAUUGACAGACUCCACACUCCUAGAUGAAGAGCAUACUUGAAGUGGAAUUAGUGACGCUCCUGAUUGUGCUACAUUUUUAUACUUACUGAAAACGGAGCUAGAUUUAUAUUUUUCUUGGUAAAUGUAAAAUAUGAAUAGUUUUGUGAAAAUGACAUGCUUUUUUAUUAUUCUUAAGCGCAAACCAACAAAACUGGUAAAAGAGGGUUACUGUGUAUUGUUGUAUACAUAUUAUAUAUGGUGUUUAUUUUGGCACUAUGAAAAUGGGUUAGGAAUGUGCACCUAUAUAUUUGUUGUAAUGAUUAUCAUGUGGGGUACUCAGGUAUUUGUCUUCUAUGUACUUCUACUUUUGUAUUUCUUAAAAUACAUAUUGAAAUACAUAUUUUUUUUUAUAAACUAAAUUUAAAAAAUAAUAAUUUGGGAUAUUGCUUUUAUUGAUAGGUUCAUCUCUGAAAUUGGUGAAUGUUGUGAUGUUACAAAUUCUACAAAUGAAAAUACCUGAAGAGAAUAUUGAGGUAUUACCAAAACCAAUGUUGCUACUGAAGUUUGCUUCCAAUAUCAUUGAAAUGAAAUGAAGAUACUGUGCUGUAAAUAGCAAAAUAUUUGUUUAUGACAUGAGCUUUCCACUAUUAAAUUAUAGAUUGUUUUGAAUGGA